AUGGCCUUGGAAGCCCAUAGUCAAUUCCUAAAUUGUAAAGUAUUUUUACGAGGUGGCCACGAUUAUAUUUUCCUCUCUCUGGUCUAUGGGGCUAAUGUUGGUAAUGCCAGAAGAGAUUUAUGGUCGGGAUUGCGGAAAUUUAAAGUUUUGAUUGGUACUCAACCGUGGGUUGUAAUGGGGGAUUUUAAUACCAUGUUAUUUCCCCAUGAUGGGUUCGGUGGGUUUUCUCGUCGUAAUGCGGAUAUGUCUGACUUUUUUACGUGCGUUGAGGAUGUUGAAAGUUUUGAUCUACAUUACUCAGGUGUCCAUUUCACUUGGAACCAAAAGCCAAACGCUAAAGGGGGUAUCUUGCGCAAACUCGAUACGGCUAUGGCUAAUUCGGAUUUUACUUCUAAAUUCCAUGAUGCCAGAGUUCAGUUUCAUCCUUCAGGCCUUUCAGACCAUUUGCCGGUUGUCGUAUCUUUCAAAGGCGACGCUCGGAAAAAGAGGUAUGGUUUCAAAUUCGACAGUUUCAUGAUCAGCCCUGCUUUUUUACAAGUUGUUAAGGACGAAUGGGCUAAAAAUAUUGAGGGCACUUUUAUGUUUCGAGUGACUUCUCACUUGAAGGCUCUCAAGACUCCGCUUCGUAAACUUCGGAAUUCGAAUGGUAACCUUGGAAAACGUGUCUCUUUUUUGAAGACUGAAUUAGAUCUUAUUCAGCUGGAUGUAUAUAAAGACCCUUCAAAUGACGAGUUGGGACUUGAACUUGGCCAUAUCCGUAUUGCGUAUCAGAAUGCUUGUUGGGACGAGGAAUGUGCUGCUAAGCAACGAACAAAAAUUAAAUGGUUGAAUGAUGGUGAUAUGAACAUCAACUUCUUCCAUAAGGUGAUCAAAGAGAGGCAUCACUCCAACUCCAUUCAUUCGGUCUGCACUGGUGGUGGUGAUUAUUUCUAUGGUGAAGAUGUCCCGAUAGUGUUCGUUGAUCAUUUUAAAGAUUUUUUGGGUAUGAGGUUUGUCUCCCUCGAUCCGUCUAUGCCUGAUGAUGUCUUCACAAGAAAGCUCUCUUUAUCGGAAGCUAACUACAUGAUCCGGCCGAUUCUAGAUGACGAAAUUAAAAAUGCUAUGUUUAGCAUUGGUAAUUAUAAAGCUCCAGGAUCUGAUGGUUUUUCUUCCAAUUUUUUCAAAGCUGCAUAG